AAUCAUAUUAGGGUGGUUGGUUUGGUUCACGGUAUUGCAAAAUUACUUAACUGUCUAACAUUUGACAGGUUCGUAACACACCGUGAUCAACAAACGCUUAGAGUUGUAGCCAGUUAGCUAGCGGGCAGACACCGACAGCUGCGCUUUCAUUCCAGCUAUCUACACCGGCUAUGCGCCAUCAUUAAUGUUUUGUGUCUGGAUUUUUAGUUUUCAUAUCCAUCUUGCUUUAACUAGCCAGACGCUUGGGCUUUCCUUAGUUCUACAAAAUGUCUAAAGCUGUCACAGAAGCUAAUAGCGUUUCAGUUGUAUCGGACCCACAACAUUCGCAGAAGCUUUUGAGAGCCCUUCGUUCUUUCAGACAAGAUGGGAGUUUUCAAGACGCUGUCUUAGUACUGGAAGGAGAAGAGAUUCCUGUUCAGAAAAAUAUUCUGGCUGCUGCAAGUCCAUACGUCAGGACCAAGCUAAAUUACAACCCACCCAAAGAGGAUGGAUCCGUAUACAAAAUUGAGCUGCAGGGUAUCUCUGUACCCAUCAUGACGCAGAUCCUGGACUACAUAUUCAGUGGAGAGAUCAGCCUGAGCGAGGACACCAUCCAAGAUGUCGUUCAGGCAGCCGACCUGCUGCUUCUCACUGACCUCAAACUGCUCUGCUCCCAGUUCCUGGAGGGCUGCAUCACAGCGGAGAACUGCAUUGGCAUCCAGCUGUUCUCACUGCACUACUGCCUGCACCAUGUGCACCAUGUGGCCACCGAAUACCUGCAGACGCACUUCCGUGACGUGGCCGUCACAGAGGAGUUCCGGGAGCUGCCGCCUGAGCGCCUGUGUGAACUGCUCUCCAUGGAGAAGCUCAAUGUUGGCAACGAGAAACACGUGCUGGAGGCUGUGGUGCGCUGGCUCGCACAUGACAUUGAGGCACGGCGGGUGCACAUGAAGGAAGUUAUGUCUGCGGUGUGGGUGCAGGGACUGGACCAGAGCUACCUCCAGGAACAGAUGCUGGGAGACCCGCUAAUGAGGGAAGUGAUUGGCCAGUGCUGUAUGGAACCGCUGGGAGGCGCACCGCAGCAGGGGGAGGCGCUGCUCGCUGCCUUCAAGCCACGCGGUUAUUCUGAGUGCAUCGUCACUGUCGGGGGUGAGGAGAGGGCUGUUCGGAGGCCGUCUGCAGCUACCCGCUGCAUGUGCCCCUUGUACGACCGCAACCGGCAGAUGUGGAUCGAACUGCAGCCCAUGAACGAGAGGCGUAUUGGGCACGGAGUAGUGACGGCCGAUGGGUGCCUUUUUGCAAUUGGGGGAAUGAAUGAAAACAAGACCAUCUUGAGUAGUGGAGAGAAAUAUGACCCAGAGACUAACACCUGGACCCCAAUCCCACCACUGAAACAGGCAAGGCAGCAUUUUGGAAUUGCUGAGCUGGAUGGGCUGAUCUAUGUGCUGGGAGGGGAGAACGAGGACACUGAAGUUCUCCUCACCAUGGAAGUCUUUGACCCUCACUGUAAUAACUGGACAACUCAAACCAGUAUGACUACAGUCCGGAAGUUUAGUUGCUGUGCUACCAUGAAGAAGAAACUCUAUAUCAUGGGAGGAGGAUCAUAUGGGAAAAUCUAUGACUCUGUGGAAUGCUAUGACCCCAAAACUCAGCAGUGGACAACAAUCUGCCCUCUUAUGGAGAGGAGGUUUGGCGCAGUGGCAUGCGGAGUGGGCCAGGAGCUCUAUGUGUUUGGAGGAGUGAGGAGCAGGGAUGCAGAUAACCCCGAGAGCAGCCAGAUGACCAUCUGCAAGUCAGAGUUCUUCCAUGAAGAUCUGAGGAGAUGGGUGCACCUGGAUGACCAGAAUCUGUGCAUAGAGACCACCUCAUCCUUUGUAUAUGGAGCUGUUGCUAUUGGUGCCAGUAUAUAUGUGGUGGGAGAGCUUGACACAGGAACUAGUUUUGACUACGUGCGAGAAUUCCGACGCAGCACGGGCACAUGGCACCCCACCAGACCCCUGCUGCCCUCAGACCUGUGCAAGACGGGAUGCGCUGCCCUGCGCAUCGCCAACUGCAAGCUGUUCCGGCUGCAGCUCAGACAGGGUCUCUUCAGGAUCCGCGUGCCAUCCAUGUAGCGCAAGUUCACGCCCCCCCAUCACUCAGCUCCUGUUCGGAAGAAAACUGCAUGGGGGGAGGGCCUGGGAAUUGCCACGUGGUGAAGACGCAGAGGUGAGAGCACUCAAAGGGGUUGCAUGGGUCUUAUUUGUUUACUUUGUUGGGUGCCUUCUGAAGGGACCGUGUGCAGACAACACCAUCGUUUUGGUUUUUUUUCUUUCUUUUUUUUGUUUUUGUUUGUUUGUUUGUUUUUACUGAAAGGGAGUAGCGUUUGUUAGUUUUAGCAUGUGGUACAAAAACUUAGGUUAACACUAUAUUGUUAGAGUGGACUAUAAGUGGUUUCAUGCAGCUGCUGAUUUUUAAGUCAACACUACUGCUUAUUUAAGAAAUGGAUGAGGUAGGGCAGGUAUUUUGACAAUGCCCUUUUAAGUAAAUAACGACUUGGUGUCUUAAUUAUGGGUACACUAACCAUGGGAACACAUUUUACAGUCAGUGUAAGAAUUGUAUAAAAAAAUGUUGACAUGAUAGACUGUCAUGUAAAGUGUUUCUUUGUGAAAUGGAGGAGGACAUGAAUACUAACCUCGUGGGGGACUGUGUUGCUACCAAUCUUUUACAUUUAAAGUAUGGCAUAUGGAGUUAAUUCCAUAUAGCAGUAAUCGCCUAAAGUGAGAUUUAGGAUUAUUUAGGAUAGAUGAGUUUUACAUAGAAAGCUGGAAGUAUGGUCUCCUAAUCUGUUCUUAUAAAAUCUUGUUUAAGGAUUCUGUACAUAACAUCAAAAAUAGCCACAGAGUAGCUGGUCUUACUUUUGACUCACUGUGUAUAUUUUGCACGUGACCUUUGAACUGGCUUUCCAGUCACACCAGGCUGGUUUAGCACCUGGUGACCUUGUUUGUGUUGCUUGCAUCAGAGCUACCCAGUGCCCAUUCUGAUCAACAGCCUACGCAUUUCCCUCUUUUCCCGAAACAUCUCUGCUCUCGCAAGCACCAUGUGACUGAUACAACUCACAUUAUUUUGGGUUUCCCUACUGCAUUGUAACUAAAGACCAUGAUCAGUAUGUUACUGUAAACUGAUUAUUAUAUUCAUCAAGGCUUUCAUUAGAUGAAGAUUUAAAGAGAAUAUUCUGGUUCUAAGGCUUUAGAUGUACUGACAAACUAUAACCAUUAAAGCUUCUCUGGACAUGAGAAAUAUAAGUAUAAAGAAUAACACGUUUUCAAAACUAUGGUCAUGAAUUUGUUUACUCAGGUAUCUGUAUGCUAAGUCCCAUUGUUUUAUCAGCAUUGAAAAAAAGAAGAAAAAAGUUAUCCACAAGUUUGGUGGUUGUUAUGGCUGCUGAAAUCUCUGCAUGUAACAGUUUUGAUUGUGGACUCAUCUGAAAACCUUAUUAUCGUGCUAAACAGUACAAAAGGAAACCAGCAACUUACUCUUUUUGCCCAUGACUCAAGAUGUAGCGGUUAUCUACAUGAUGAUAAUAUACACAAUACAUUUUUGUCUUGUAUUAUUUACUCUUUACUGUGAAUGAUUAGUGAUAAUAUUCAAGACUGUCAACACCAAAAUGGACCAAAGUAAUUUCAUUAUACCAAGUGUGCAGGACCCAGCCAUUUAAAAAGUAAUAUAUAAAUAUAGGCAUAUUUGAUAAUAGCCUUUUGUGUUCACAAAUAAUAAUAAUAUUCCACAUAGUGGGAUGUCUCAUGUAUGUUUUAUGUAUUAGGUAAACCUAAUAUGAAGUGGCACUAAUUUAAAGAUGUUUUAUGUAGCCAUAAAAUACUGCACCUUUGACAAUACAGCUCACACCCCUUAAACACACAAAGUGCUUAUGCAUGUGCAAACAUAUGAUAACUAUCAACACACUCCACAUUCCUUCAUGUGCCAUUGUUUACAGUACACUCUUGACAUAGACAUCAGAGACAUAUUCUCACAUAACACCUAAACAAGCACCUUCAGAAUGAUGAGUUAUACAAUCAAGAGUUGGUUUUACUCAAAGUAUACUGAACUCUUUUCAUUUAAGCUUAUGCAUCCUAUCUUGGCUGAAGAGGGUCAUUAGACAUAAAAAUUAUUACAUUAUGACUUGUAUGUUAUCGAAAAUUGUAAUAAAGUGACUACUAAAUGUAUUACAUUUUUCUGAGUUGGAUCACAUCAUAAAAUUUGCAUAAGCUUUAAAAAAACCAAAUAGCUUUUUGAGUUGUAUCUAAAGGAGGUACAGAUUGGCCUUAAUCUUGCACCUUUUGGCAUUUGUAUCUAAUAAAUGACAAGCAUUAAACAGAAUUCAAUGAAUGCUCUCA